UUGGUAUAAUCCUUAACCAUAUAUAUAUUUAGGCCUGUUUCUACCCUUUUGGGUAAAAGUUGGUUUUCCUACUGUAACUUUUUUUUUCUAACAAACUUCCAAAAAAAAUAUAUAUAUAUUGGUUAGAAUGUCAACAAAAGACAUAAGAGCAGUUGAAGAAGGGAAUUGUUCAACUUAUACACAACAUGCUAAUGAAGAAGAUUCAAGCCUUUGCACUUCACCUGAGGUUGUCAUUAUUAUUCAAAAGGUGAUAGCAGAGGCGAUCGGAACGUAUUUCUUGAUAUUUGUAGGGUGUGGUGCAGUAGCAGUGAACAAAACAUAUGGUUCGGUAACAUUUCCAGGAAUAUGUGUGGCAUGGGGUUUAAUUGUUAUGGUCAUGGUGUAUGCCGUUGGUCAUAUUUCUGGUGCACAUUUCAAUCCUGCAGUCACCAUUGCCUUUGCCAUUUUUAGGCAUUUCCCCUUCAAACAGGUGCCACUGUACAUAUUGGCACAGUUGGUUGGGGCAAUUCUUGGAAGUGGGACUUUGUAUUUGCUGCUGGAUUUGAAGUCUGAGGCAUUUUUUGGAACAGUUCCAGUGGGAUCAAAUGUUCAAUCUUUGAUUCUUGAAUUCAUCAUUUCUUACCUGUUGAUGUUUGUCAUUUCUGGUGUUGCCACUGACAAUAGAUCAAUUGGAGAGCUUGCAGGAAUUGCUAUUGGAAUGACAAUACUCCUAAAUGUUCUGAUUGCAGGGCCAGUGUCAGGAGCAUCAAUGAACCCAGCAAGGAGUAUUGGGCCAGCAAUUGUGAUGCAUGAGUACAGAGGGCUUUGGGUUUACAUAGUUGGGCCUAUAUUUGGUACUAUAGUUGGUGCUUUCACUUAUAACCUCAUAAGGUUUACAGAAAAACCACUUAGAGAACUCACAAAAACUUCAACAUUUCUCAAAAGCAUGUCCAGAAGCCAUGCUUAAUUUUUCCUUCUUUUUUUUCUUCUUAAUUAUUCUUUUUUUUUUCCCUCUGAGCCCCGUGGCUUAACAAAAAAUAGAGUCACUAGUGGCGUUUUAAGAGAAAAUUCAUUAGUAAAAAUAAAUAGAAUUACAGAAAAGAGAUAUAGUAAACAUUUUCUUAUGUAGUUUUUUCUUUUCAACUUUUUUUAUUGUGGGUAUGAAACCUGUAUUUUUUAAAAUUUAAGGUAGUAAUUCUGCCAAGGGAAUUAAUUCUAAAUUCUCCUUUGUGUAGUUCAUUGAUUGUUGGUGUUGUUUCUUUUUACUUAUUUAUUUAUUUAUUUACUUUCUUCUUUCUGAAGUAUUUUAGUUUCUUAAAAUUUCAAGAAUUGAGGAAAAGAUAUGUUUAUUAUAGUCCAUCGACGACUAUAUAUGAGAGGAAUAGAG